AUGGAGGCUGUGAUUGAGAAGGAAUGCAGCGCGCUCGGAGGCCUCUUCCAGACCAUCAUCAGCGACAUGAAGGGGAGCUAUCCAGUUUGGGAAGAUUUCAUAAACAAAGCAGGAAAGCUACAGUCCCAGCUCCGGACUACAGUAGUAGCGGCAGCUGCUUUCCUGGACGCCUUUCAAAAAGUGGCAGAUAUGGCUACCAACACACGUGGCGGCACCCGGGAGAUCGGAUCAGCCCUGACCAGGAUGUGCAUGAGGCAUAGAAGCAUUGAAGCCAAGCUGAGGCAGUUUUCCAGCGCUUUAAUUGAUUGUCUGAUCAACCCACUUCAAGAACAGAUGGAAGAAUGGAAGAAAGUGGCAAACCAGCUGGAUAAAGACCAUGCAAAAGAAUAUAAAAAAGCACGCCAAGAGAUAAAAAAGAAGUCCUCAGACACACUGAAGUUGCAGAAGAAAGCAAAAAAAGGGAGAGGCGACAUCCAGCCUCAGUUGGACAGUGCGCUCCAAGAUGUCAACGAUAAGUAUCUCCUGUUGGAAGAAACCGAGAAGCAGGCUGUGCGCAAGGCUUUGAUUGAAGAGCGUGGCCGGUUCUGCACGUUCAUCUCUAUGCUGCGGCCAGUGAUCGAAGAAGAGAUCUCAAUGCUAGGGGAAAUCACUCACCUGCAGACCAUAUCGGAAGAUCUCAAGAGCCUGACUAUGGACCCUCACAAACUGCCCGCCUCCAGUGAGCAGGUGAUUUUGGACCUGAAAGGCUCUGACUACAGUUGGUCAUAUCAGACACCACCAUCAUCUCCCAGCACUGCCAUGUCCCGAAAGUCCAGUGUCUGCAGCAGCCUGAACAGUGUCAACAGCAGCGACUCGCGGUCCAGCGGCUCCCACUCACAUUCCCCCAGCUCACAUUACCGCUACCGCAGCUCCAACCUGCCUCAGCAGGCUCCUGUACGGCUGUCCAGCGUGUCCUCCCACGACUCCGGGUUCAUCUCCCAGGACGCCUUCCAAUCCAAGUCACCAUCCCCCAUGCCGCCAGAGGCCCCCAACCAGAACUCGUCCAGCUCGGCCUCCUCCGAAGCCUCCGAAACCUGCCAGUCAGUCAGCGAGUGCAGCUCCCCCACCUCAGUCAGCUCAGGGUCCACCAUGGGCGCCUGGGUGUCCACAGAGAAGUUGUCUAAUGGGUUUUCUCACUGUAGUUUAUCAAGUGAAUCCCAUGUGGGGCCCGUGGGUGCAGGCCUUUUUCCUCAUUGCCUGCCUGCCUCCCGCCUGCUCCCUCGGGUCACCUCUGUCCACCUUCCAGACUACGCUCAUUAUUACACCAUUGGGCCCGGCAUGUUCCCGUCAUCUCAGAUCCCUAGCUGGAAGGACUGGGCUAAACCAGGUCCCUAUGACCAGCCUCUGGUGAACACCCUACAGCGCCGCAAAGACAAGCGAGAGCCGGAGCCCAGUGGAGGAGGAACCAUUUCCAUGGGCGGUGCACCCGCAGCUGCUGAGGAGGCCCAGAGACCCCGGAGCAUGACUGUGUCUGCUGCCACCAGGCCUGGUGAGGAGCUGGAGACUUGUGAGGAGCUAGCGCUGGCUCUGACACGCAGCCUUCAGCUCGACACCCAGAGGAGCAGCCGGGACUCGCUGCAGUGUUCCAGCGGCUAUAGCACCCAGACCACCACCCCAUGCUGCUCUGAGGACACCAUCCCCUCCCAAGUUUCAGAUUACGAUUAUUUCUCCGUAAGUGGUGACCAGGAGGCCGAUCAGCAGGAGUUUGACAAAUCAUCCACCAUCCCCAGAAACAGCGACAUCAGCCAGUCCUAUCGGCGGAUGUUCCAAGCCAAGCGUCCAGCCUCGACUGCUGGCCUCCCCACCACCCUUGGACCUGCUAUGGUCACCCCAGGGGUUGCAACCAUCCGACGGACCCCCUCCACCAAGCCUUCCGUCCGCAGGGGAACCAUUGGAGCUGGCCCCAUCCCCAUCAAGACGCCCGUGAUCCCUGUGAAGACCCCAACUGUCCCAGACCUCCGCGGGAUGCUGCCAGCCCCUCCUGAUGGGCCAGAGGAGCGGGGUGAACACAGCCCCGAGUCGCCAUCUGGGGGGGAGGGUCCCCAGGGCGUCAUCAGCAUGCCCUCCUCCAUGUGGAGCGGCCAGGCCUCUGUCAACCCCCCACUUCCAGGUCCGAAGCCGAGUAUCCCCGAGGAGCACAGACAGGCCAUUCCAGAGAGCGAGGCUGAAGACCAGGAGAGGGAGCCUUCAAGUGCCCCGGCCUCCCCAGGCCAGGGUCCUGAGAGCGAGUCUGCAGAUCUAAGCCCUCGAGACAUCCCACAAGGAGAAGACAUGCUGAACGCCAUCCGAAGGGGGGUGAAGCUGAAGAAGACCAUGACCAAUGACCGCUCAGCACCCCGCUUCUCCUAGGCUCCCCAGAAAUGCGGGCCGUGAGGAGCGGACUGUCUAAUCAGUAACAUCUAAUUUGUCUUGAUCCAUUCCAAUCUAUAAUCCAACAAAAGAUUUUUGUAGGCAACUCAGAAUACAGCUUUUUGAAAAGUACUUCAUACCUUUAGAUAAAAAUGACAAGCAACAUAUGUAACUGACAUAAUC